AUGAAAGCGCUCGUUCUGCAUGGAUCCAAAAAAGGAAAGCCCAUUGUUUCAUUUGAAGACAAAGAUUUGAGAGAGUUACCGAAUGGUUAUGCACGUGUGCGAAUUUGCGCCGCGGCUUUAAAUCAUCGCGACGAAUGGAUUCGUCAAGGACAAUACCCUGAAGUUGAAGGAGAUUUUGUUUUAGGGAGUGAUGGAUGUGGUUUAGUUGAGGAAAUUAAAGACGAACAAUAUCAUAACCUUCUUGGUAAAGUAGUCAUUAUUUAUCCUGGAUUAGAAUGGGGAAUGGAUGAACGCACUAGUUCACGUGACUUCGGAGUCUUGGGCGGCCCGAACGAUGGAACUUUUGCUGAAUAUGUUAUUGUACCAGCUGAGAAUUUGGUACUAAAGCCUGCGUUUCUGACUCCUGAGCAGGCCGCAGCUAUUCCAAUUGCCGGCCUGACUUCAUAUCGCGCUUUGACAUCUCGCGGUGGACUUCAAGCUAACGAAGCUGUUUUAAUCACUGGCGGAGGUGGGGGAUGUGGCUCAUUCUUGAUACAAUUUGCUCAAAAGAUUGGCGCAAAAGUAUACUUUACAACCGGUGAUAAAAAAAAGUUGGAAUUUUUGGAACAUAACAUGGGUGCUAAAGGAUUCCUAUAUACUGAUCCUAAUUGGAUCGAGAAAAUAAAAGAAAUGAGAAAGGACGAAUCACAUGAUGGU